AUGACCAGUACUACAGCAAAUAUCACAGAUAUGAGUAUAUCUCACAUUAAAGAUGUUGUAGUACUCUAUGUCAACAAUCUGACAACCAAUUGGAUGACUUACUCUUUUACCAUUACUCCCAAUCAUCCAGGCCCUCUGACAUUUGUUGUGAAGCUCAAACAAAAUGGCCAAAACCAAACAGCUCAAAUUGCAGGAGAUGAAACUCACGUUGUGGCCCACCCAUCCAAACUUCUUGUACAACAUUACAAUCCUGCAUAUUGUGCCCCAUCCGGCUACCCUGUUGUCGGCUACAAGGUUCGUCCCAUUAAGCAAGAGUCAAUCAUUGCAAACGAGAUAGAAGGAGUGGAGGAGCAUUGUGUACCAUGUAAAAGGAUCAAAGUGGAGGAUUAG